AUGUUAAUGGCGACCAGUGGCUUUUUUACUUAUUACGAUCUCUAUGGUGGUAAACCUGAAAACUAUCAUUAUCAACAUAAUUCUCAAUUAUCAUCAUUCAGAGAAAUAAAACUUUUAUCUAUAUCAAAUACAACAAUUAUUUCAAUUCCAACUAUAACAUCUUCUAUUGAAUUAGUUUCAUUAACAACAAUACAAUCAAAUAAUAAAUUAUAUAAACUCAUACAACUUGUUCCAUUUACUUAUUUACAUUGGUUUCUUAUUGGACUUGCUAUUUUAUUAACAUUAUUAUUAAUAAUUAUAUUUAUUUCUUAUUGUCAUAAUUAUUGUAGAAAAAAUAACAAAUUACGAAAUAAAAAAAAACAAUCAUCAUCAUCAAAUAUCUAUCGAUAUCGAAAGUCCAAUAAAUCUUUUCAUACCUAUAAUAUUUAUGAAACAGCAACACCACGUCCUUUUCCAUCUCCUACACGUUCAUGUUCAUUAAAUUCAACAGAACAUCUUAAUAAUAAUCAACUUUUUCAACAAGAUCUUGAUACUAUUGGUUCUCCACGUAUUGAUAUAAGUCAAACAAGACUAUCACAUACAUUCAGUAAUACAGCAUCAGAUUUACUUACCGAAAUAAAAAAACGAUUCAGUAUUCGUUCAUCGGAAAUUUCAUUAAAAACGAAUGAAUAA